AUGUCAAUUCUGUUCGCCAUCAUCAUCUGGAUACCAUCAAAAACUUCCUGGCGUCCCGACCCGAAACCCACUGUCAUAAUGAUCACUGAACGCGAGUCACCUCACGCGUGGCUGCGCCAGGGUUGGUCGAUGACUUGCGACAGUGAGAUCAGCAUGUUCAGUGACUUUAUAGGAAAUUCAAGCAUAGGCGAACCCAACAGUACAUUUACAGACAAACAUUUGGAACGAAUUUUUCUCUUCUCUAUGAUGUGGAGUCUUGGAGCAGUUCUUGAACUUGAUGCCCGGCUUCAUCUACAGGACUUCUUUCUCAACCAUGCUUCGAAGUGUGAUUGGCCGACGUUACAUGAAGAUGAUACCAUCUUCGAGUAUCUCAUCGCCGAAAAUGGUAAUUGGAUCCCUUGGAGUAAAAUGGUUCCAACCUUCAAUUAUCCAUCCGAGUAUGUGCUGGAUUAUCAUAAAAUACUGGUCCCCAAUAUUGAUAAUACAAGAACCAUGUUUCUGAUAAAAUUGAUUGCACAACAAGAGAAGGCUGUUCUUCUAAUCGGAGAACAAGGAACAGCGAAAACUGUAAUGCUUAAAUCGUUUAUGUCACAGUACAACUCUGAAGUCCAUCUCAAGAAAUCUUUCAAUUUUUCAUCAGCAUCGACUCCAAAUAUGGUUCAAAGAGUCAUCGAAAGUUACGUAGAUAAAAGGGUCGGUACUACGUAUGGGCCGUCUGGUGGAAGAAAAAUGACGGUUUUCAUUGAUGAUAUCAAUAUGCCAGAAAUCAAUGACUGGGGCGACCAAAUAACUAAUGAAUUAAUUCGACAAUUGAUGGAAUGUAAAGGAUUUUAUUCAUUGGACAAGCCUGGAGAUUUUAAUACAAUUCAAGAUAUGCAAUUUUUGGGAGCAAUGAUUCAUCCAGGUGGAGGACGGAACGACAUACCACCACGUCUGAAACGUCAAUUCAAUAUAUUCAAUUGCACCCUACCCUCUGCUAAGUCUAUGGAUACUAUAUUUGGAUCAAUUGGUGGUGGAUAUUUUUGCGAGAGUCGUUUCUCUGAAGAAAUUGUUAAUUUCCUUCCAAAACUGGUUCCAUUGACGAGAAUAGUAUGGCAACAAACUAAAGCCAAAUUAUUACCUACUCCUUCUAAAUUCCAUUAUGUAUUUAAUUUGCGUGAUUUGUCGCGCAUAUGGGAAGGAAUUCUGAGGAUUGGCAGUCCUGAAUGUGACUCUCGUAAUGUCCUCUUGGAACUCUGGGAACAUGAAUGUACUCGGGUUAUUGCUGAUAGAUUUACGAUUGCUGCCGAUACUGAGUGGUUUAAAAAUUCAUUGAAAAGUACAAUAAAAAUUGUAUUGGCGGACGAAAGUAAAUACUAUGAUGGAGUCGAGACGUACUUCGCUAAUUUUUUGCGAGAUGCGCCAGAACCGACGGGACUAGAGCCGGAAGAUUUUGUUAUCGAGGAGCCUAAAAUAUACGAACCAAUCCACGGGUAUCAGUUCGUGGUGUCAAAAGUUUAUGAAAAAAUGGAACAAUUCAAUGAAUGCAUUCGUGGCAUUAAGCUUGACCUAGUUUUCUUUCAUGAUGCGCUGAUUCACCUUCUGCGAAUAUCACGAAUUCUUGGGAUGGCGCGUGGUAAUGCUCUUCUUGUAGGUGUGGGAGGUUCUGGCAAGCAAAGUUUGACGCGACUAGCAUCAUUUAUUGCUGGAUACGAUUUUUUUCAAAUUGUGCUAUCAAGGAGUUACAACGUUAGCAGCUUAUUGGAAGACUUGAAAAAGCUAUAUCAUAAAGCUGUUACUGGAAAAUCUGGCUUAACAUUCAUAUUAAGCGACAAUGAAAUAAAAGAAGAGUCAUUUCUAGAGUACAUGAAUAAUGUGCUGAGCGUCGGAGAAAUUGCAAAUCUUUUUCCUAAAGCGGAGCUCGAUGAAUUAUUGUUAAGUUUGAUACCGGCUAUGAGAACUACUGAUCCGAAGAUUCCACCAACACAAGAUAAUCUUUAUGAUUAUUUUAUUUCACAAGCCCGGAAUAAUUUGCAUGUUGUAUUAUGCUUUUCACCAGUCGGUGGGAAAUUUCGUUCCAGAGCUUUGAAAUUUCCUGGCUUAAUCUCAGGAUGCACAAUGAAUUGGUUCAGUAAAUGGCCAAUGGAUGCCUUAUGUGCUGUGAGCAAACAUUUCCUGGGUACUUAUGAGUUGGCUACUACUCAGGAAAUUAAGAAUGAAUUGAUAGAAACAAUGGCUGAAAUUCACGACGAUGUUAGAAAUGUCUGCACAGAAUAUUUUAAUCGCUUUCGACGCCAAACAUAUGUUACAGCCAAAUCUUUUCUUUCAUUUCUGAGCGGUUACAAAACUAUCUACAGCCAUCAACUGAAGAACAUCAACAUACUUUCUUCUAGAAUGACAAAUGGUCUCCAUAAACUUAUCGAUGCAGCAGAGCAAGUGGAAGGCUUACGUAAAGUAUUAGAGCGCAAUCAAGAAGAGAUUGCCGUCAAAAACGUCCAAGUGGAGGCUAUUCUCGAAAGAGUGGAUGAAAAGAAAAGAGAAGCAGAAGCCGUGAAAGCUAAAGUGCAAAAAUCGAAGGAUGAAGCUGAGACCUUAUUGACAUUGAUAUCUGAAGACAAAGCAAAUGCAGAGGAGCAACUAAAAGUAGCUGAACCAGCUCUAUUAGCUGCGGAAGCAGCACUCCAGACGAUAAAAGCAGCAGAUAUUUCUACUAUUCGAAAAUUGGGGAAACCUCCGUACCUUAUCACUCUGAUCAUGGAUUGUGUGCUAAUUCUCUUCGGACGAAAACUGAAUUCAGUGACACCAGAUUAUGAUCGCCAAUUCUUAACGCCAUCAUGGUCAGAAGCUUUGAAAGUCAUGGCAGACACAAGAUUUCUGUAUCAUCUUCAAAAUUUCCCGAAAGAUAAUAUAAAUGCCGAAACAGUAGAUCUGAUGAGACCGUACGCACAAUAUGAGUUGUACACCUAUGAAGCUGCGAAACAAGCAUGUGGUAAUGUAGCUGGAUUACUGCAAUGGACAAUUUCAAUGGCCGCUUUUUAUGAAAUCAACAAGGACGUUUUACCACUCAAG